UUUGAGUUGUGCAAUUUUAGCUCCUGCGGUUUUAGUCCACUACAAACUCAAAGUGUGACGUGGCUAUCCCAUCGUCGCCCGACGCCCAUGCAGGCCUUGCUUAGCCGUAUCGUGGUGGCGCCCACGGAGCCCGAGGCAGCAUCUUCACCCGCCAGUAGCUCCGUAGACAUCUCGAUCUCUUCACCCAGCCCUGCAUCACCCGCUGCGUCUCUGAAGAACGCCACAAACCCCGUCCAAAUCGCUCUAUCACCCGAUGUAAAGGCUGAAAUCGCAUUGGCUGUCGAGCGCCUGCAGUUCGCAACGCUGCUGGGCGAGCGUAAGAAAGCAGUGAGUGCUCUUCAAUCGUUGGCACAGAAGUUCGACGCCAGUCGAAGUCCAGGCGGUCGUAAGAGCAGCGGUGUCGAACCUACAGUUGAAGAGCAGGAACUCGGGCAUGCUGCUGUUCCCGCUGUGCUAACAGCACUAGUGUCCGAUCCACGAGAUACAGAGCUCAUGGAGGCUCUGCUCGAGUUUUUGCAGUCCAUAGUAAGCCGUGCGCCUUCAGCAGCGCUCCUUCUGCUCGAACAGCCCCCGGAGAGCUCUGUUACUGCUCCGUGGGGAAUGCAAACCAGUCUCACGCUGGUACAAGACCCUUCGCCGUGGAUCCGAGGCCCCGCUAUCGCACUGAUUAGAGCGUUACAAGAAUCACAGCCGAGUGUGUUCGCUAAGUCCGUCUUGGAGUGUAAAGAGGGCCUUCGACGCCUUCUAGAAGUCGUGGAGGACCGUCGCGAGCAUAUUCGAGAUGCAGCCCUAGCCGUUCUUGGACAAUUGACUGGACGAGACAAGAAUGCACAGCAAUUCUUGGCUUUUGAAGAAGGUUUUACCAGAUUAUUCCAGAUCAUGGAGGUCGAGGGCUUAACGGAGACUGGAGCGAGUCCUGCGAGCAACGUUAUAGCGGACUGUCUGCAAAUUGUGAACAAUAUGGUGAGAGAUAAUCUCAUGACGCAGACGCUGUUCCUAGAGAUGUCAUACUUGGAGUCUCAUGUCCCGAGACUACUGAGACUAUCAGGUAUUGAUGGAGGCGACGAAGAGGAAGAUCCCGCGGCACUAGGACGCAGGAAGCGUGUAUUGAAGCUUGGACUGCAGCUGGUCCGUUUCUUAGUGGCGGAGCUAUACGAAGGAGCGAAGGAGUCAUCACUGGACGAAAUAGCACUACGCGACCGAGCUCGCAAAAGUCAAGAACUGGCAAGGAUACAGAGUCUUGUGGCUCGUCAAGAAGCGCUGAUGGGUGCAGUAGGCGAGUUGGUGUGUUGUCAUAGCGAUGCACUGACAGAUUUACGCCUACAAGCGUUGGAUUUGCUACGUCUAGUGAGCGAACACAAUGGCGGUGCACAGAUGAUUCUGGUGAAUCUGUACGCGUCGCCGUCAGGACGCAAUGUGCUGGCAGAGUUGGUGAAUCUUGACGUUGGUAAUGAGAGUGACGAAUCACCUGUAGCUGCUGCGGCUUCUGCACUUUUGGAUGCGCUUUUCGAGGAGAAUGAGGGAGCACGUAUGGCCGUACUGCAGCAUAUCCAGAGUCCUCCACCUCUGCCGAUCUCCGCAAGCACAGACGUCACGAGCGGUGGAUAUGAUGCACUCCCGCCUUCAGCUGGAAGGGUCCUACUGGACGCAUUCAUCGUGAACAUUGACUUUAUUUUCCAGUGCAUCGAUAGUGCAGAUGUUGACACGCUGAAUACGAAGCUUGUGGUGGCUUGGAAAGCGGGUCAUCGACUUAAAAAUUUACUGGCAGAUAGUUCGUACUGUAAAGAGCUGGCACUGCGAGUACCGGCUGAGUACGAUGACCCACAAGCUCGUGCUGUUGCUGGUGGAUUGUUCCUUUCGCGUUGCCUUCGACUGUUACGAUCGUCAGAACAAAAGUGGAGUCCUGCAGUCCAGUCUAUUGUCUUUCAAACCCAGCUGUCGCUACUGUUGUUGCUAGUCCGCUGGUGUCACGGCUGUCCUAAAGCUGUCCGAGAGAUCGUUGGGUCUGUUACAAACUUGUCGGUGCUUGUGGACUCUCUUUCGGAGAAUCUGUCGUCUCCAUCUCAGCGAGGAGCAUCGGAGACUACGCAAUUACGAGGCUUAAUUGCACUUCUUCUUGGCUGUUGCUUGGAGUUUUUGUGUGAAGACGAAGAAGAUCAGGCACUGAAGAUCGCUAACGCGGCAGGGAAUACUGCAGUUGACGAAGAGCUAGGACUGCAGAUGACUCGAGACCAACUGCUGCAAAUGACCAGCAAACGCGUGGGUCUUGAACGGUUUACAGACGCCUUGGUUCAGUUCCAGCAAAGUCCGGCAAUACUAGCAUGUGCUCGAGGUAGCAAGACCCAGAGCUCGCGUGCUUUACUGGCCUACCGCGCAACGUACGACGUAAGCGACCCGAAUGUUGGUGAAGGAUCAAGUGAAGAUGAUGAAGCACAUUACUUGUUUAUGCUGUACGAACGAGCGUUCACCAUAUUCUAUCGCGAAAUGGCCGAGCAAAUCCAGAAACGAGUCAUCGCGAUCUACACUGGAGUCGAUGGCGGAUCUUCUCGUUCUUCAGUGGACUCUGGGGCUCCGAAUGCAAUGGGAGCCUAUCAGGAUCUCAUCCGUAUGCAGGACAAACAGAUUCACGAUCUGCAAAGACAAGUAGAAGAGCUAAAACAACGUGGAAUGAGCACUUUUACCGCCCCCAGCACGGAUCAAACGCGAGAGCAGCAACUGAUGGAGCAACUCGCGGCUCAGCGCAAGGAAUUCGAGCGAGAAAAAGGGGUCUUGGAAGCUAAAAACAAGUCUUUAUCUGACUCGGUUCUAGAGAUGGAGACUCGCGUGAAUGGACUUACAAUGGCAUACGAGCAGCUGGAACGAGAACAUCAACAGUGCGUCUCAAUCGAAGGAGGUCAGUCUUCGCAUUCCAGCGACGUAAGUGAGCAGCUCACUGCGUUGCAAGCCGAGUUGGAUGCAGAACGAGAAGACAAUAGACGACUGCGUAGCGAAGCAGCAGCGAGUAAAGGUGGCGCGACAAGUCAAGCUCUUCGCGAGAAAAGCGAUGCCGAGCUUGCAAACGCUCGUCUUAUCAAGCAGCUCGAAGAACUCCGCGUAGCAAGUGAGCGGAAAGACGAGCAGCUCGCUGAAUGCAACCAGAUGCUCGAGGCGCUUACCGAAGGCCAAACUCUUGCCAAGACUGACAAUGAAAGACUGAAAGCACAGCUGGCAGAGGCGCUAUCAAGAUGUGGUGAAGCAACAGAAUCCGAAGUCAAAAGCGUCAUCAACGGUCUAAAGGAGGACAAAACACGCUUGGAGCGCCGUGUUGAAGAGCUGGAAGCCGCCGCGCGUGUAGCUUACGAGAAGGACCAACAGGUUCUCCAACAACGAAUCCAAGAGGUCGAACAAGCGCGACGAGCGAGUCCUCCGGCGAGUGACGAGCUAGAAAAUGAAGAACUACAGGAGGUAAAUAGCGAGGAUCCUCGCCUUAAGGAGCUUGUGUCUACUCAGCUCGAAGAACUCAAAGAGUUGCGUGCUCUUGUCGUAGAAAUGGAGUCGGUAGCGAAAGAGCGAGAAGCCAAGGUCCAGCAAGCCUCGUUCCUGCAGGACCUGGUGGCAGGAUACGACGUGCAGUCGCGACGUGACAAGGAAAAAUAUAACGCCACGAUCCGCGAGCUGGAGGACGAGCUAGCCCGCGCGUUUUUAGAGAAGAAAGAGGCCGGACGCAAGGCCAAGGCAGCGGUGAAAGAACUGGAGAACGAAGUGGCUCGCUUGUUCCUCGCAAAGGUGGAACUUGAGAAGGAACUGGCAGCUCAUCAUGGUCAAGAGGUCAAUCACCUGGGGAAUGGAGAGGUUUACAGUGCUCACGGAUCCUUCAGGAGAUCCGUAGCCUCUGAUACCAGCAACGACUCGACAGUUGAUGAUCUACUCGUGCUGGUGGCAAGCUUAGAGAUCCAGUGCUCAGUACUACGUGAGACUUUGAAGGAAGCUCAGGGCGAAGACGCCGUCGCAGUGGCAGUCGAGUUGUCCAGACAACGUGGAGCUGUCGUCUCCGUCUAAAAGUUACAUGCUGAUUCAUGUAGCCAUUCAUCACUCGUUAUUUACACGUAGAACUGUGUUCCAGGUCAUAAUUGCACUCAGUAUCUCUGCCAUCUUGUCCAGGAGAACACCAGAACCACGAGUAGUCCGUAGGCAGCAGCCACAAGCUUCGUGUCGAAGCCAGAAAACACUGAAAUAGGGUCGUCAACGACGUGGAUGUGACUACCUGAGCUCGUAUGGGUAUCGCACGUCGCUCGACACGCUCCACAAGGACACUGCUUGUCGUCCGUCGACUUGGAGGCGAUAGAUUCCAGCAGUUGAGCUUGAGUUGGGAGCGUCUCGCGGGUGGUAACAACCUCUGAGUAGUUUGAGCACUUGAGGACAUCAUGGUCGAACGACUUGUCCUUACUUGCGUUGAAUGCCAUCGUGAUAUAUUCUCCAUGACCCACCGCUCCGACCUGCAUCUGAUAGUUCAGGAAUCCUAAAGACGACUUCAUCGCUGCCGCCAUGGACGCCAUGGCCGUGUUCUUGCAGGAAUCAAAGAUUGCGCAGGUCAUGUCCUUGGCUAGUGCCACAUUCAGCUCCAACACCUUGACCUUCUCCUUGCCAGUCAUGGGAUCCGGUCGGUAGUUAAUACUCGGCCAGUCGUGAGCCAUUUGCAUGAACUGGUCCUGCUCGGGAGAACAGACCAGGCCG